ACAAAGCGAUUAACCAUGGAGUUUGCAGUGAAAAAUUAUUUACUGGCAGUUUUAUGUUAUACAGGAAUUGUACACGGCGUUGCAAUAGAGGUGGAUGAAAAUGAUGCAGUGACAAUUCAGUGUCCUUUAAAUAUUCAGUAUCCAACAUGGACUGGUCCAAAGGGAUUAGCUAAUCCAUUAACUGAAGGGCACAAUAUAAUAGAACCAGGAUUUGCGUGGGUAAAUAACACAGAUCUAAAGAUAGCGAAGGCCAUGUUAAAACACGAUGGAAAUUAUACGUGUUCGGAUGGCAACGGUAACAGUAGAACGGUGGAGGUAGAAGUACAGUUCGUUUCAGCCUGGGCCGAGCACUCGGCUGCUACAACCGAAAACACAACCUUCGAGGCAACCUGUUGGUGUCACAGCAAGCCAAGCUGUAAAAUAGUACCGCAUAUAGUUAGAAAAGGUUCUAACAUUACAUUUAAACCAUGUGAACUGACUCCGCAUGUGCAAAAGCAAACGAAGUGCAGCACGGUUGCAGUUAUGCAUGUUUCGAGGGAGGACAAUGGAUUGGAAAUGAGUUGCGCUUUCGAAUACAAAAAUUCAACAGUUUCAACAAGCUAUAUAAAAGUCAAAGUUAUAUUUCCUCCUACUAUUGUCAAUAUCACCGUAGAGCAAGACAACUUUAAAUUAACUUUGAAAUGCUCUACCGACUCGUCCAAUCCUGUCUCCUCACUAACAUGGCGUAGAGGAUCUAGACCUCAGGCAUCGGACAACAAUAUUAUACGAAGCAAUUAUGCGAGUUAUAUUAUGCCUGCAGAAUACGGUGGUAAAAAUAUAACCGAGUCUAUUGAUAUAGAAAAAGAAAGCAUACGACAUGAAGAGAAGGCGUUCUGUUGUUCUGGACAGCUGUGUGAUUCUGUAGCUCUAGAUGCCUAUGUAGCUCAGAUAUCUGGCGCGCGCACUGUUACAGCAUGGGUGACGUUGUUAUUUGCUGGGAUUGUGUUCCUCCAAGUUUGAGAGAGAAACAAGAUAGCACUUUGUGCAUUUUUAUAUAACAGAAGUUAUAAUAACACACAAAUGUAAAUAUUUUUUGUUAAAUUCCCGAGUCAACAAUGUUACUUAAUGGACUGUGAGAUUUGUGCGGCAGUCUGUAUAACUGUUGAUGACGAACAACAUGUGAUUUUACAGUAUAUGUAUACACUUUUAUUUCCUCCAAAUCAAUGAAGGGUCACAUAUAAUAAUACAAAUAUACAAAUAUCAGUAUAAA